AUGGAACCCAGUAACCACACCAGGGUGACCGAGUUCAUCAUGCAGGGGCUCUUUGACCAUCCUCAUCAUCAGGGGCUGUUCUUUGGGCUAUUCCUGUGCCUUUACACAGCUGUUGUCAUGGGCAAUUCCCUGAUAAUUGCAGCUAUUGUCCUCCAUCCACCUCUCCACACCCCCAUGUACUUCUUCAUUGCCAACUUGGCUGUGGUUGACAUUUUCUGCACCUCUUCAGUUCUUCCCAAGAUGAUGAAAAACCUGAUGCAGGAGAAGAAAACGAUCUCUUUUGAUGGCUGCAUGGCCCAGCUCUUUGCUUUCACUUUGUCUGGGGGGACGGAGCUUGUGCUCCUCACUGCCAUGUCAUAUGACCGGUAUGUAGCCAUCUGUCAUCCCUUGCGCUAUGUCAACCUCAUGACCAAGAGAGUUUGCAUUAAUUUAACAGUUGGUGUCUGGGCUGUCAGUAUUAUCAAUUCAUUGGUGCACACACUGCUUAUGCUGCGUCUGGAUUUCUGUGGAUCCAAACUCAUUCAGCAUUUCUUCUGUGAGAUCCCUCCAUUACUGGCACUGUCCUGCAGCUCCAUCUACUUCAAUGAAAUCAUGAUCUUCAUUGCAAACACCUUCCUGGCUAUGGGGAACUUCCUGCUGACCACAGUGUCAUAUAGCUUCAUCAUCAUCACCAUCCUGAAAAUCCAGAGCUUCAAAGGGAAGCAGAGAGCCUUCUCCACCUGCUCCUCCCACCUGCUCGUGGUCACCUUGUUCUACUCUUCCAUCAUCUACACCUACAUCCGGCCAAACUCCAGUGACUCUCUCGCUAAAGACAAGAUAGCAGCCAUAAUGUACACACUGGUGAUUCCCACCAUGAACCCUUUGAUCUACACUCUACGUAAUAAGGAGGUCAAAGUGGCCUUUGGGAAAAUCCUUUCAUUCAGGAAAAAAUCAUAA